AUGAGUGGUACUGCUAAUCGUAUACAAGCUGAAGGUGUUAUUAAAAAUAUUAUACGAGAAAUUGUGCAAGAAUGUGCAUCUCGUGGCGAAGGUGUAUCUGAAACAUUAGUAGCAUUUAUUGUUAAAGCUGUUGUACUUGAACCACAAAAUGAUUUUCAAGUAGAUCGUGUUCUAGCAUCUGAUGAUGUACAACGUCUUAUUGAUUUAUGUGUUAAACGUUUACUUGAUAAUAAAUCAGCAUCACUUGAUACAAUUAAAAUGCAAGUUUAUUUUGAUAUGAAUUAUACAACACGUGAUGAAUUUUUAACUGAACAUCGACGUGUACUUGAAACUCGUCUUCAACCAAUUUUACGUGAAAUAACUGAUAAUCGAGCAUCGACAAAAGAUGAACUUGAAUCACUUUAUCGAAAAAUUGUUUCAAGUGUCUUACUUCGAUCUGGACUUGGUUCACCAACAGAUAUAUCUGUUGUACGUGAAGCAACAGCUGCCUUACAAAGUGUUUUUCCACAAACAGAAUUAGGUAAUUUUCUUAGUUUAUCAAAACGUGAUAAAGAUCGACAAUUAAUUGAAUUAACACAAAUUGUUACUGGUAUUCGUUUAUUUAAUAAAGAAUGUGGAAAAGGUGGUGAAGGAAUUGAUAAUUUACCUGCUAUAUUAAAUGAAGCUAUACCAGCAACAUUAAAAGAAAUUCAACAACAAACAGAUGAUGCUAUUGAUUCAAGUGAAAAAUUGAUUGCUGUAUUGGAUACAAUGACAACAUUAUCACAAAAACAAUUAAGUAAAGAUGCAACUAAACAUAAAGUUCAAGAAUCAAUGAUUAAUUCACGACAACUUGAACUUUAUCUUAAUAUACUUUUAAAUGAUGUACGACAAAGUGCACAUGAAGUUGAAGAAUUAUUAUCACAAUUUAAAGCUCGUUUAGAACAACUUAAAACAACAAUACAAAAUAAAACAGCAGUACCUACUGCUCAAGUUUAUCCUCAAUUUAUGCACUUAGCAACAAUAUGGUUUGGUUUUCAAGAUGAAAUGGUUUUACUUAGUGUACUUUCAAAUAUUUUAUAUAGUCUUGAACCAUAUACACUUAAUUCUAAAGAAUUAUUAGCUGAUGAAGCUAUAAGAAAAUGUUUAAUGAAAAUAUCAAUUGUAACUGAUAAACAACGUUUACAAGUUAAUAAUGGUGGUGUUGUUGUACAACCAGAAGAACGACAUGCUGAAGGAGUUUGGUAUUAUCAGGAUACAACAAAAAAUUUUGAUAAAUUACCAAUAAUGUAUAAAGGUUUUUGUGCCUAUAAUUUAGCCUUAAAUGAUUUUAAAUUAAUUCAUGGUGAUCCACGUAUUGGUAUUGUUCAAAUAAAUGAUCGUUAUUAUUCAUUUAGUGAACCAAAAGAAGCUGUAUUAUUUUGUCGAAAACCUUCAACAUAUAUUGAAUCUAUAGCAAAUAAUGCUAAAUUAAAUCCUGAACUUAUACAAUUACUUGAUUUACAUACACAAUUUUCAAAUGUUGCAUCAUAUGGUGAUUUAGCACAAGUUUCAUCUAAACCACAAAUGAAAGCUGAUUUUGGUACACAAACUGAUAUACAUUUUUAUGAAAAAAAUUUUGUUAAAAAUUAUGAAUGGAAUGAAUGGGAAUUAAGACGUAAAGCAUUAAAAUUAGCUAAUUUACGUAGACGUUUAACAAAAUCUGUACAAACUAAUACAAGUAAUUUUCGACGAGAAAAUUUUACACAAGUUUAUUUACCAAAAGAUCAAUUUAUUCAAACAAAACGUGAUAAUUAUUCGAAUGUACCACAACCAAAAGUUUAUUUAAGUGGUAUUCGAGGACAUCAACGACGUGAUGAUGGACAAUUUUUACCAGCAAAUGUUCCACCUCAAGUAGCUACAGCUCAUUUUCAACUUGUUUUACCACGUGAUCAUCGUUUUGGUGAUCAUGGUUUUAGUCGACGAAGAUUGCUUACUGCAGUCCCAUUAAUUAAUCAAUAUCGUAUAGAUCAAUUUCGUUCAUCAUUAUUGUAUGUUACCGAUUUAUAUAUUAUGGGUAAAACACUUGUAUUACUUCAUUGGUGUCAAAAAAUGAAAUUAACACCAGCUAUUUUACAUAGUUUUUCACUUGGUGGACAUAUGGCUUCAUUAGCAUUUACAAAUUGGCCUGAUCCACUUUCUCGCUUAUCCUGUGCUUCUUGGUCAUCAAGUUCAACAAUAUCUUUACAUAAUUAUUCACGUCCAAUUUCAUCAAAUAUAUCUAAUGCUAUGUUUAUUGUUUGUACACAUGAUGGUAUUCCACAUAUGAACGAUGUAUGGCCUGGUGUUCAUAUUCGAUAUAUUCCUCAUGGAUAUGUUAGUGCAUUUUUAUUUAAUCGAGCAGAUUUUCAUCAUGCUGUUGCUGAACUGUUACAACGACAAGAACCGAGUGUAAAACUAAAAAAAAAUCAAUAA